AUGAAAGUAGUAACUCGGAAGAAUGAAAGUUCUUAAGGAUUUUCUUCAACUGGUUACGAAUCUUUUUCAAUUACGAAUAGUACUCCAGGUUAAAAUAAACAUGAUUUAUUGUAUUUAUUUAAAAAACUUAACGCUAAUCAAAAAUAUAUUGAUAUUCUGAUUGCCAACAAUUAUAAAUAUGAUGAUUUUGAAAAGCUCUCCGAGGAGGAGUUCGCUUAAAAAUUCUUUCCUGAAAAUAAAGAGGAGCUUGAGAAGUUAGAAGAAAUAUUUAUAAAACUAAAAAGCGAAACACUUCCCGAGAGCUGUGAGAUGGAGAGAGUCAUCUCAGUGAGUAAUUCUGGAAUCGAUGAUGAUCAUAGCUAAAACUAUAGUAAUAACUUUAAUAUGUAUUAGUAAUUUGGGUAAUUUAAUUUUAAUUAGCAGCUCAAAAGCUCAAGCAACAACAUAAAAAAUGGAAGCUAUAAUAUAAAGCAAAGCUCACUCUUAAAUGGGUUAAAUAAUUUAGGUAAUUUUAACGAGUAUUCGCAAUAUUAAUUUGAACCUGUAAAUAGUAAUAAUAACAACAACCACAACAACUAAAGAGAUUAAAGUUUAGCAUUACCUCAAAGUGUUGCUAAUUUAUCAUAGACUAAAUUUUAUAAUGUAAAGCAGCUACCUUACAACCCUUUCGAAUUUAGCACCACCACAUACAUAACAUCUUCUAUUACUUCUUCUCCUUAAAGAGAUUUUAUGCAUACUUCUUCAAACUCUAAAAUAAACCCUUCCAUGGCGAAUGCCGUCCUCAAUAAAUUAAAUUAAAUUGCAGAUGUAAUCUACAAAAAUAAUACAAUGUUUAUUGAUGACAUUUCUUUUAAAAAUAACAUCUUAAAAUCUCACAUGUUUUUGAGGAUAAGCGAAAAGUCAAACCCUGAAAAGUAUAUUACCAAAUACAGUAGAAUCCUGUACUUUGGAGAUCAAAUUAAAAUAGGAAGACAUUCAUAAAGCGACAUAGUAUUGAAUUCUGAUUAGGUUUCCCGUAACCAUGCAAUUAUACAUGCUAUAGAUGAUAAGUAUUAUGUUAAAGACCUAGGAAGCUCUUCAGGUACAUAUGUAAAACUGAAGGCAGAUUAGUAGUAUCAAGUAGUUCCAAGUUCUAUAUUUAGGUGUGGAAUUACUGAAUUUAAAAUUACAAGAAUGAUUCUUGAAGAGGAUAUGGCAAAAGUUUAAAUUUAAAUUAUUAUGGGAAAUAAAAAAAACACAGUUUUUGAUUUUGAUGUUUCAAUAAAGCAAUCAAAAACUUGUGUAAUAGGAACUAACAUACAAUGCGAAAUUAGUGCAAUUGAUAAUAUUAUGGAAAAAUUUCAUGCUUCUCUCAGCUUCAAGAAAGGUUCUGUUUAUUUGACAGAUCUUACAUCUGCAUCAGGCACUUGGAUUCGCUUAUCCCAUUAGGGUAAGGAAAGUGAAGACGUUUAAUUACUGGAUGGUCAAAUAAUUUCUAUUUCCCCAUACCUAAUCACAGGAUUUAUACAUAGCAAUUCUAAAGUAGCGUGA